GGACCCAUCUCCCAACUGUCACCAAAAGAGGUUUUUGACUAUUCAGUCCCCAUUCUUUGAUUCUUUAUUCCCACUCUUUUAUAAACAUCAACAUUUGGGCCCUUUUGAACAAAAAAAAGAAAAUGAAAGAACAUCUUUCAAGAACCAUAAUCCCCUUAACAUCCCAAGUUCUUCCUCAAGCAGAGCCCAGAAAGAACCACCACAGCAAUGGAGCUGAUCACCAGGAUGGCAUUAAUGGCGAAGGGGAGAUUUUCGGGGUCAUCUUGAGCCGAAGCCGGUCCAUUUCGGCCCAAAAACCGACCAAUCAGAGGGCAGCAGACGAGAGUACGUACCCGCGAAAAAGCAGUGCGGGAGGAAGAGUGUCACUGUUGUUGAGCAUGAAGAGAUCGUUCUCGUCAUCGUCGUCGUCGUCGUCGGGAGGGUACUGUAGGAUUCAUCAUCAACAUGAUGUCAUCGGUGCAGGUGGCGAUGAUGAAGAUGAUGAUGUGAAGAACCGGUCCGGCGAUAGUAAAAAAUACCAUUCCCGGAAGAGAACAGAUAAGAAGAAAGGCAACAAGAUUCUUACAGCUUGUAUAAGGUUACUUGGAUUUUAGUUCUUUCAACUCAGUUCUCAAGUGUAAGUUUUCAUAUUAGAAAGUAAUUUGUGCUAUUGUGAAUUUGUUUAGAGUUACUCAAUAAGCAGUGGCCAGUUAA